AUGUCUUCACGACCUGAUUUGAAGGUCGACGACGAGGCUGGCUUCAUUGGCUUCUAUCGCGGUCUCCCGAAACCCGACAAUGACGAAACAAUCCGCGUGUUUGACCGGGGUGACUGGUACUCCUCGCACGGAGCUGACGCCGAGUUCAUCGCACGCACAGUCUACAAAACAACCUCCGUACUCCGCAACCUUGGCCGCAGCGAAACAGGCGGCCUCCCCUCCGUCACCAUGAGCGUCACCGUAUUCCGAAACUUCCUCCGCGAAGCCCUCUUCCGACUAAACAAGCGCAUCGAGAUUUUUGCGUCAGCCGGCACAGGCAAGAGCAAUUGGAAACUCGUCAAGCAAGCUAGUCCUGGCAACCUCCAAGACGUGGAAGAGGAGCUCGGUAGCAUGGGCGCUCUAUCCAUGGACUCGGCGCCCAUAAUCCUAGCCGUGAAGAUCUCUGCUCGUGCAGCGGAAGCCCGCAAUGUCGGCGUGUGCUUUGCAGAUGCGAGCGUGCGUGAACUGGGUGUCAGCGAAUUCCUUGAUAACGAUAUCUACUCUAAUUUCGAGUCGUUGGUCAUCCAGCUUGGUGUGAAGGAGUGUCUUGUUACUAUGGAUGUGGCGCGGAAGGACGUCGAGCUGGCCAAGAUCCGGGCUAUUGCCGAUAGUUGUGGGAUCGCGAUUUCUGAGCGGCCUGUGGCUGAUUUUGGCGUCAAGGAUAUCGAGCAGGAUCUUACGAGGUUGUUGAGAGAUGAGAGAUCGGCGGGUACGCUGCCUCAGACGGAACUCAAGUUGGCUAUGGGCUCUGCAUCUGCGCUGAUCAAGUACCUCAAGGUCAUGACUGAUGCUACGAAUUUCGGUCAGUAUCAGCUCUAUCAGCAUGAUCUGUCGCAGUACAUGAAGCUCGAUGCUUCUGCUCUCCGGGCGCUGAAUCUUAUGCCUGGUCCUCGGGAUGGAGCUAAGAGUAUGAGUUUGUUCGGACUGCUGAAUCACUGCAAGACUCCUGUGGGGAGUCGGCUGCUGGCCCAGUGGUUGAAGCAGCCGCUGAUGGACCUGGCGGCGAUUGAGCAGCGCCAACAGUUGGUCGAGGCGUUUGUUGUUAACACUGAGCUGCGUCAGACUAUGCAGGAGGAGCAUUUACGCUCAAUCCCGGAUCUUUACCGAUUGGCCAAACGAUUUCAGCGGAAGCAGGCCAACUUGGAAGAUGUUGUGCGAGCGUACCAGGUUUCCAUUCGUCUGCCUGGGUUUAUCAGUGCACUGAGCGAUGUGAUGGAUGAACAAUACCAAACACCUUUAGAGACCGAAUAUACCUCUAAGCUUCGCGGUUAUUCGAACAGCUUGGCCAUGCUUGAAGAGAUGGUUGAGACGACUGUGGAUCUUGCUGCCCUGGAAAAUCACGAAUUCAUCAUCAAGCCUGAGUUUGAUGAUAGCUUGCGAGUCAUCAGAAAGAAGCUGGAUAAGCUCCGGUACGACAUGGAUAUGGAACAUCGCCGAGUGUCCCAGGAUCUAAAGCAAGACAUGGAGAAGAAGCUCUUCAUGGAAAAUCACCGUGUGCACGGCUGGUGUUUCCGUCUCACUCGAAACGAAGCGGGUUGCAUCCGUAACAGGAGGGAGUACCAGGAGUGCUCAACACAGAAAAAUGGUGUAUACUUCACCACAUCUACCAUGCAAUCCCUUCGCCGAGAGCAUGACCAGCUGUCCUCGAACUACAACCGAACCCAGACCGGUUUGGUCAACGAAGUCGUCAACGUCGCCGCUUCGUAUUGCCCGGUGUUGGAGCAGCUCGCUGGUGUACUCGCCCACCUCGACGUCAUCGUGAGCUUUGCCCAUGCUUCGAUGCAUGCACCUUCCGGAUACGUCCGCCCAAAGAUGCAUCCACGAGGCACUGGAAACACUGUUCUGAAGGAAGCCCGACACCCUUGCAUGGAGAUGCAGGAUGAUAUUUCCUUCAUCACCAACGAUGUGUCGUUGAUUCGUGACGAAUCAUCUUUCCUUAUCAUCACUGGCCCCAAUAUGGGCGGUAAAUCAACGUACAUCCGACAGAUCGGCGUGAUCGCGCUCAUGGCUCAGACCGGCUGUUUUGUCCCUUGCACCGAGGCCGAGCUGACCAUUUUCGACUGCAUUCUUGCCCGCGUCGGUGCUAGCGACUCGCAGCUCAAGGGUGUGUCGACAUUCAUGGCAGAAAUGCUGGAGACAUCCAACAUUCUCAAGUCCGCCACGUCUGAGUCGUUGAUCAUCAUCGACGAACUCGGCCGUGGAACUAGCACAUACGACGGUUUCGGCCUCGCCUGGGCUAUCUCCGAACAUAUCGUCACUGAAAUCCGUUGCUUCGGCUUGUUCGCCACUCACUUCCACGAGCUCACUGCCCUGGCGGACCGGUAUCCGAAAGCUGUCAAGAACCUGCAUGUCGUUGCCUUCAUCGGUGAUGGCGAUGAAGGUAAGGCUGAGGCUGAAGCCGAGGAAAAGAAGAAGCGCCAAGUCACUCUUCUCUACCGCGUGGAGCCAGGCAUCUGUGAUCAAUCUUUCGGUAUCCAUGUCGCCGAGCUCGUGCGGUUCCCGGAGAAGGUUGUCAAUAUGGCCCGUCAGAAGGCCGAGGAGCUUGAGGAUUUCACCUCUGCAACAAAUGAGGAUGGCAAUGCACAGACUUCUGCGCCCUCGCUCGAUAAGUACUCGCAAGAGGAGGUUGAAGAGGGCAGUGCCCUCCUCAAGGCGAUGCUGCUGAAGUGGAAGGCAGCAACUGAGGGCAAAGAUAUGACAGCGGAGGAGAAGCGCCAAGUCAUGCGUGAUCUGGCGCAGGCUGAUGAUAAACUACAGGCCAAUAAGGUGUUCCAAGGUAUCAAGGCUCUUUAA